AAAACUACGUGUCAGCACAGAAAUUGACAUGAUUUGACAUGAAUGACAAGGAAAGGAUGGGUAAAGAACUCAAAGUACUGAAUGAAUGUCAGGUCUCCUCUAUUCCUACAAAGUUCAAAACAGUGGUCAUUAGCAAUGAAGAGAAGAAAGGAUUUUCCUCACAGUCAAAGAGAUUUCAAGAACACCUGAAUGAGAACCCAGGGCCUGGCUCGUAUAUCUCACACAUUUCUGCAGAGAGCGGUAGUCCAUCAUUCUCUAAGAGAGGAACAGGCAGCUUUGCAUCAAAGGCUGGACGUGUGCCCCAAAACUUUCAGAGAGGAAACCCAGGGCCUGAUUCCUAUAACCUCCAAACAUCUUUACUUCAGAAGCACAACUUCAACAGAGGAGAAUCCAGAACAUUCCGUCUGCCUAUCGCAGUGAAGAGGGAAACGCCUAAAAACAAAAAUCCUGCACCAAAUCAAUAUGAUGUGUCUUAUGCUGGCGUGGACAGGAGUUCAACGGUUUCGGCUCAGUGUGUGUUUCUCUCUAAAACCACACGCACUGCCAGCUUCUCAAACAAAUUUAAAGGACCCUCACCCUGUCACUAUAAAGUGAGUGAAGUUUUGGUCCAGAAGGCUCCUCAAGUUCCUUUCUCCUGCUUUAAGUCCACAACCGCCCGGAUCCAGGCUCAAAUGAAAAAUGAAAUCCCAGGUCCCGGGACCUACAGCCCCUAUGAAACACCAGAGCCUGUGAAGAGAACCAUUCUCCCAAGGAGACAUUACCUGGGAUUAUCAGCGCCACCUCUGAUUCCCGCUAAAGCUCCACCCUUCCCCGGUCCAGGACACUAUGAUAUAGUGAACUAUAAUGGUCCAGUCAAACACCUCGUGUCCAGCGCUGCUUUCCUGUCUGGGACAAGCAGGUGCAUACAGGAUACCAAAGGGCAGGAAAUACCUGGUCCAGGUUUCUACGAACCUACGACCCUGUCAAAGACAUCUUUCUUGUACAAUCCUGCAAGAAACUGGAUACCGGCUUAAAUAAUGGUCAAAAGUGUGACAAGUUAAUAAAAAAAAAAAAAAAUACUGCAUAAAAUAUUUGUUUUGAUGAUUUAUCAUAAACAGCUAUGCAAGUCUAAACCAGGGCUACUCAACGUUUGAAAGCACAGGGGCCGUAAAUAUAUAGUGUAUAUGUAUACAGCUCUGGAAAAAAGUCUGUCUGUCUGUCCAUCUAUCUGUCCAUCUAUCUAUCUAUCUAUCUAUCUGUCUGUCUGUCUGUCUGUCUGUCUGU